AUGCCAUUGGAAUCAUCUUCCACAUCAGUGCCACCCUGCUUCCCUUCUGUGUCACCCUCAGUGCCUGAUGACAUUGCCAACUCUUCCCCUCCUCCAAUGUCUUACAUCACUUCCCAGGAGAUGAAGUGUGUUCUUCAAUGGUUUGCCAGUUGGUCAGGUCUCCAGUGGGAACGUUUUCUCCAAGACCUGGUAGCUAAGGCAGUGCUGGGGAAGAUGCAGUCACUGCUGGAUGGUCUGGAGCAGCUCAGUGUAUCUGCGACAAGUCAACCACCUUGUAUCUUUGAGUGUCAGCUACGUCUUUGGGAUCAGUGGUUUCGAAGUUGGGCUGAGCAGGAGGGCAAUGACUGUGUCAGUCAGCUGGAGGUCAGGGAGGCAGAUUUUGGGGCAAAGUUUUACCAAGCAGUGGCUGUUUCUGCUGGUAAGAACUGA